CAAAAUUGGAAACCACCGGCGUGAUUUCUGGUUGGGGAAAAACCACCGGCGCACAUAUUUUUUCGGUAAUGAGAGAUUCUUCAGCGACGUGAAAUCAAAUCAUCACUGUUUCUCGUUGCGGUCUAUAUGAAUGAGAUGUCUCUUUCAAUAGCUCUGCAUAAACACAAAUGGCGAAUAAACCUGAUCAUCAUCAUCAUCAUCACCAAUCUUCAAGGAGAUUGAUGCUUGUGUUGUACUUCACCAGUGUUCUUGGGAUUGGAUUCAUCGCAGCUUUUCUUUGUCUCUCUUCUUCAAUUCCCUCAGUAUCCGCUGUUUUUUCAAUCUGGGUUCCCGUUAACCGGCCGGAGAUACAGAUUCCGAUCAUCGAUUCCAAAAUUGUUCAAAAGAGAAGCAAACAAUCGAAUGAUACAAAAGAUCAUGUCCGAUUCUUAUCGGCAAUAUUUGCCGAUAUACCGGCGCCGGAGUUAAAAUGGGAGGAAAUGGAAUCAGCUCCAGUUCCUCGUCUUGAUGGAUACUCAGUUCAAAUCAAUAACCUUUUGUAUGUCUUCUCCGGUUACGGCAGUCUCGACUAUGUUCAUUCUCAUGUGGAUGUGUUCAAUUUCACAGACAAUAAGUGGUGUGACAGAUUCCACACUCCUAAAGAAAUGGCGAAUUCGCACCUCGGGAUUGUGACGGAUGGACGGUAUGUAUAUGUGGUUUCAGGGCAGCUUGGUCCACAAUGUAGAGGACCUACUUCUCGUUCCUUUGUUUUAGACUCAUUCACAAAGACUUGGCUCGAAUUUCCUUCACUACCAGCUCCAAGGUAUGCUCCUGCGACUCAGAUAUGGAGAGGGAGGCUUCAUGUGAUGGGUGGAAGCAAAGAGAAUCGCAAUGCCGUUGCUUUUGACCAUUGGAGCAUAGCUGUAAAAGAUGGCAAAGCACUCGACGAAUGGCGGGAAGAGGUCCCUAUUCCUCGAGGUGGACCACACAGGGCUUGUGUAGUUGCUAACGAUAAACUACUUGUAAUCGGUGGCCAAGAAGGUGACUUCAUGGCCAAACCUAACUCACCCAUCUUCAAGUGCUCACGUAGACGCGAGAUCUUUAAUGGUGAGGUGUACAUGAUGGACGAGGAGAUGAAGUGGAAAAUGUUGCCACCAAUGCCAAAAAACAAUUCCCACAUUGAAUCUGCGUGGAUCAUUGUCAAUAACUCAAUUGUUAUCGUUGGUGGUACCACAGAUUGGCAUCCAGUGACGAAAAGGCUUGUUCUUGUUGGAGAGAUAUUCCGGUUUCAGUUAGAUACGUUGACUUGGUCUGUGAUUGGACGGUUACCAUACCGUGUCAAAACAGCGAUGGCCGGAUUCUGGAACGGUUAUUUGUACUUCACGUCGGGACAGAGGGAUAGAGGACCAGAUAAUCCACAGCCUGGGAAAGUUAUUGGAGAAAUGUGGAGAACCAAGUUGAAGUUUUGAGUCUUAGUGUGUACUUUUUAAUAUAGAAAAAUCAUUUUUUUUUAGACAAACUGUUGAAUCUGAACUUUUGAUUAGUUCUUCAAAGAGAAAUCUUCAAUGAGAACAAGAAGCAAAGGCUCGUGAUUGAAGGAAGAAGAGUGAGAAGUCAACGAAGAGUUGUGUUUAUUUGUCACACUCAAGAAAGCUAUUGGAGUUAAGGCCACUUAUGAAUUGCGUUUUGGUAUUAGUUAGUCACUGAGCCAUAAGUGGAGAUGAGCCCAAACAUGUGUUAGGGUUGUUGUUAUCUUAGUCAAACUAAGGUAGUUGUUGUACAUAAAGAAUGAAAAUCGGGCACAAUCUAAAACAGCUUUGUUUAGCCAAACAAAAUUAGAUACCUCGAUGACUAUAACAAAUUGUUUUGCGAACCAUUACAAGCGGUAUCACACAUCACAUAUCACACAACUUCCACUUUUACUAUUUCUCUUCUUCUUUUUUCUUGUUUUUUGAGUCCAUUCUUUGGAUCAUUGUGUAUUGUCUUGGACUAUUGAACCGAAAAACACAUAACCCAUGCCAUCAUUGUAUUCUCUAAAGAUUCCAUUUGUUAUUGUUAUUAGAUUUUGAUUUUUUUUUCUAGACUUUGUAUCAUAUUAUCUAACUAUGGGGUUUUUAUAAAUAUAGGUACAUUUUGGCCCAU